GUUUACCCGGUGGAGUCGCUCAGUGAUCAGCUGGUCCAGUCUGGAGUAAGAUGGAGAAAAUCCCUGUGCUGGGUCUGGGCACCUGGAAGUCUUCUCCAAAUCAAGUGACUGAAGCAGUAAAGGCUGCCAUAGACCUGGGUUACCGCCAUUUUGACUGUGCCUUUUUGUACCACAAUGAAAAGGAAGUGGGAGAAGGUAUCCAGCAAAAGCUCAAAGAAGGCAUUGUGAAAAGGGAGGACCUUUUCAUCGUCUCCAAGCUCUGGAAUACCUUCCAUGAGAAGGACCUUGUAAAACGUGCUUGUCAAAAUAGCCUGAAGGAUCUACAGUUGGACUACUUGGACCUUUACCUUAUUCAUUGGCCUAUGGGUUUUAAGGCAGGAGAUGAUGACUUGCCCACAGACCAGAAUGGGAUGAUUAUUGCCAGUGAAACAGACUACUUGGACACAUGGGAGGCCAUGGAGGAUCUGUUGAGUGAGGGACUGGUGAAAGCUAUAGGGGUUUCAAAUUUCAAUCACAAACAAAUUGAGAGACUUUUGAACAAGCCUGAUUUACGAUACAAGCCAACAAACAGCCAGAUAGAGAGCCACCCAUUCCUCACUCAGGAGAAGCUGAUCAACUAUUGCCAUUCAAAAGGUAUUUCUGUGACAGCCUAUCGUCCACUUGGGGGCACCAGUGAUGUCUUCAAUGAACCCAUUAUUAAGAAGAUUGCCGAAAAAUACAAGAAAUCUGAAGCUCAGGUUUUGAUCCGAUUUCAUAUACAGAGAAAUGUGGUGGUAAUCCCCAAGUCUGUCACACCAAGUCGAAUAAAAGAAAACUUCCAGGUUUUUGACUUUGAACUCACAAAAGAAGACAUGGAUGCCCUCCUCCGCCUAAAUAGGAAUCUUCGAUUGGCUCAAUUUCCUAAUGCUAAAAAUCACAAAGACUAUCCUUUCAACAUUGAAUACUGAGGAUGAUCUGGACUAGCCUUCCUUCUCUGCCCUUCCCAUCUGAGUACAAAGACAGCAAUCUUGACUUCUAGAAAACUUUCUCUACUACCCCAACCCUGGAAAGUGUUUUGUGGUUUAAAAAAAUGUAUAUAGGAACAGCUUUAGUUGGGAAAUAUAAAUAUUUGGAGGGUGGCCAGUCUUUCCAUUUUUUGCAAAAUCUCUAGUACUGUCUAAGGGACUGAAGACAGGGUAUUGAGGGAUUUUAGAAAACUGACCUAUAAAUCGCUAAUGUCAUCCUGUGUGCCACGGUGCCUAAGUUUACCUUUUUCAAUUAAUUCACAGUGGAGAUGUGCAUGACUGUUAAUAAAGUAAUGGUAAGUGAAAUAA